CCGGUCUUACAGUCACCCGUUUUCGUUCGCUAGCCAGCGAACGAAAGCCUUCCGCGCGCGAUCGGGUCUUACAGUCGCUCUUGGCCGCUGCUUUUCGCUCGCUCGCGAACGAAAAAUCGGCGUUUUGGUAAGGAGAUUUUGGGGAGGAGUUGAGGUGACGAAAACGAGAAUUGUAACCAGCAAGUCCAAAGUAAAUGAGUAAAUCUGCAUUGAUAUAAUAUAUAUAGCAUGCGUUAAGCCAUAUACAACAGAAAUAAUCAUUCAAAACACCUUUGUUGAUGUUUUAUAAAAGUGUUUUCUGAGGUGAAGAGCGCGCCGCGCACCGACUACCGCCACUCCCCUCCUACCGCCUGGGCCACAACAACACAGCGUUCACCUCCACCGCCUGCUCUUGCUCUUUCCCGACCCUCACUGCCCCUGGAGACCUCCUGCUGCUCCGGCACCAACUCCAACAACAAUGGAUAUACUAUUCGGCAUACCUGCAGUAGAGAUCCUGCAAGAACAACAUCGCCAAGAGGAACAACUAUUAGAAGCGAGGGUUCCGCGGAUUGUAGCAAAAGAUCGUGGGAACCCAUUUCAGUGUUUGUCUGAUGAGGAGUUCAUUGAUAGGUAUCGCCUCUCCAAGGAUGCCACCAUAGACCUUAUUGAAGAAGUGAGGCCACGUGCAAAUGUUGACAGAAUGGGCAGAGGAUGUGGAAUUCCACUGCACCUCAAAAUGCUCGUCACUUUGAGAUACCUGGCGACAGGGAAUUUUCUUCUCACCAUAGCUGAUAACUUGGACAUGUCAAAGGCAUCAGCUGGCAAGUGUGUUAGAGAGGUUGCACACCUCAUAUCAUACCUGGCACCCACCUACAUUCAGUUUCCACGACCAGAGGAAGCACACCAUGUGGCCCAACGGUUUUAUGACAUUGCUGGUAUGCCAGGUGUAAUUGGCUGUGUCGAUGGAACCCACAUCCCAAUACAGAGUCCUGGUGGUGACGAUGUUGAAAUGUAUCGAUGCCGCAAAGGUUUUUAUUCAUUAAAUGUCCAAGGCAUAUGUGAUUCAGAUUUGAUGUUCACAAGUAUUGUUGCAAGUUGGCCUGGAAGUGUUCAUGAUGCCAGAGUAUUUGAAAAUUCUAAUGAGUGCUACAAUUUAGAACAGGGUAAUUAUAAUGGUUUGUAUUUAUUAGGAGACAGUGGUUAUCCCUGUCGAGAAUAUUUAUUAACUCCAUUAUUAACUCCAAGGAAUGAAAAAGAAAGAAACUACAACAUUUCUCAUGCUAAAACAAGAAACUGUGUGGAGAGAGCAUUUGGUGUAUUAAAAAGAAGAUUUGCAUGUUUAAGUAUACCACUUCGCACCAAACUUACAAAUUCCAAACAAAUUGUGAUGGCAUGUGUGGUUCUGCACAAUAUUGCAGUGUCAAAAAAAAUUGAACUUAUAGAUGAUGAAGUUCUACCACAGGAAGACAUAGAAAUGGGAGAUGUAGAAUUUGAGCAAGUAGUGGGUGGUAACCGUGUAAGGGAUAGAAUAGUUCAAAGAUGGUUCUAGCUCCCUGAGAAAGUAUAGAAUACUUUAGUGCAGCGACAGCCAAAUUUCUCAGGUAGGGAAGAUGAAAUCCAUGGCCAACUUUGUACAUGCAACACUCAGCCACUGUCAUGGAGCCAUAUGGUCUGGUGGGACGGAUACCUUGUCCGAAUUUCCUUCAUCUGAUUUUUUUACAAAUUAGUAAAUGUUACAAUGAAGAAUUCUACCAUUACUAUAAAGUAGGCCAAAACAAAUAUUUCCAAUAGAUAUUUAUUUUUUUACUACAACUAUAUAUAAAUAUUUCUAAUAAUUCUCACAUAACAAUUGUUCUAUAUAGAUUAUUUUCCAAUAAAAAACUUUCCAUUUAUAUAACUAAUUAAUUAUUCCUUGCCUGCUCAAAGUACUAUAGAGUAGGUAAAUAUAAAUAUUUCCAAUAUAU